ACAGGCACUGGGCCCACCCUCUCUCUCUCUCUCUCUUUUUCUCAUUCUCGAGUAUUCUAUUCUUCAUCUGCCUAUUAAUUAAGUAACUAAAUCCCGGUAGCUUCAUUUUCCAAACCCAGUUAUUACUUACUGCCCAAACAAGCAUAAGAAGCAGUGCUGUUUAUAUGCUUCUCCACCCAUAAUUCCUCCCCUAUCAUAUUUAUGGCUGUUGAACUACACACUUCGCUUCCUUCUCACUUAUUCCCCGACGACAACCACGACGUCGUUUCGUCACAGCAUAACCACAAAGACGACAUCCACCACGCCUCAGCUUUAAACCCGCUCCCCGAGCUUCCCAUGAAGGACAACGACGACGAUUUCAUCUCCGAGUUAACUCACCGCAUGGCUCGCUUUUUGCUUCCAGAUGACGACACUUUCGAUUUCUCUUCCAUCGAUCUUGAUUCGUCACGGGACUCAAAACAGGGGAGUCCAGAAGGUUCAUCUCAGGAGGCAUCAGCGCCAGCUACACCUGAAGAGUGUUGUUGGAAGAGCAGCUACGACAUGUUUGGAACGGUUGAGGAGAUGAAGCUUAACGAAACAGGAAAUUCCAACAACAAGCUUCUUCGUAGCUCCAAUAUUGAACUCUAUUCUUACCAAUCUCUAAUUCAGGAACAGAUUCGAGCCAUUGAAAUGUCUGGGGUGAAGCCAGAGCAUGUGGUGGUGUCUCCGAAGCGGAAACCCAGUACGCGUAGAGCGCAGACAUACGAGGCCAAGAAAGGAAACGGACAGAGGGCCCGUCCGUCACGACCCGGCCCACAGCAAGGCGGUGCGGGGAUGCGGGUCCUGUUUCUGAAAGGGCCCGGUUCUAGAGCUGGGACUGGCGUCUUCUUGCCGCGUGGUGAUGUAGCCACUACACCAUCCGAUUCAACCAACAAACAAGGUAAAGGUUGCUCCACUGUUCUUAUACCUGCCAGAGUUGUCCAGGCUUUGCAACUCCACUUCGACCAAAUGGCUGCCACGUCUGGGCCCAAAGCCGGUGGCUUCCCUCCUCUUCAUGAUGUUCUAGUGAGUAACAGGGAUGGAAUGUAUUCACUUCAGAAGCCCCGGUCACAGAACGCGCCGGCAAGUAUCCAGAAUGAUACGAUUCUGCCUCAAGAGUGGACGUAUUGAGAAAUACACAUCACAUGCACAUGCAUUUCCCAUUACUCCUCUUUUUACAAUAAUAAUCCUGUUUUGGCAGUUUUUUGCCCAAACUGAAGAACAAAGAAACGAAGAUAGGUCUGAAACUGUGAAGUGAAGUGAAGAAGAAUAAACCAGAAAAGAAAUUCCAAUACUACACAGGGAAUCUUUUUACACGCAGAGUACGACAACUAGGGAUCAAUAUACGGAUUUAAUAAAUAUGUCUGUGUUUUGCUAUUUCUUAUGGGGUAUAAGUUUGCGUAGGUGUAUACUACUACGUACGUACGUACUCGUGAGUCCUGACAGAGGAUGUCUUUUAAAAUCCUUUGUAAUAAUUCAGCUUAGUUAUGGGCCUCUGCCUUAUUUGCCUGCUCUGUUAUUAUUACCUCGCCCACUGUUCUAUUACAUGGCCUAAACCAUUAUAAAUUAAUUAAAUUGGAUUGAGCUUA